AUGGACGCCAACGCCGACCGGAACACGCCCAAGAAACGCCGGGCGCUCAACAAGCAGGACGACAACGUGCUCCUCAUCCCCGCCGACGAGGAUGAGGAGAAUGUCGACGUCGACGUCGACGUCAACGUCACCCCUCGACCACUGCAACAACCACCUCCUCUCCUCCAUUCCCAGCUGCCCAUCUCUCGAACCAACCUUUCGCUCGUCGAUUCCGCGCCCAACUUUCCCCCCCGCCGUCCCGAUGAUCGGAGCAACAAACGUUCGAUGGCUGACGAUGCGACGUCGUCGACAUCCGCGAGGAGCAGCAAGGCGUCGAGACGGUCGGCGAGCCCCCAGAAAGAAGCAGCGGCGCGCGCAUUUGCACUCUACCCCGUCGCGCAGGGCACGCUGGCCGUGUUAGGCGAGGACACACCCCAGGAUGUCUUGGAUCUGGUCGACAAGAUGGAGGGCCGUCGAGCUCUCCAAACCCGCAAGCCACAGCACGACGCACACGUGUUGCGGACGAUUUUCAAAGACGUCAAUGUUGCCGGCGAGCCGGCUCCCGAUCGUCAGCACCUGGCUCGCUUGGUCUGCAAGGCCGAACAGCAUCGCGUGCGGGGUGCCUCGGAGGCCGCGUGGAACUCGGCGGUGCAUCACCCUCUUUUAGAGGCCUCCCUGGUGGACUCGCGCUUCGACGCCGACUUUCGGUUUGAGAACAUCACCACCGCAACCAUAUCCCCUCUCGCGCUCCCUCCCUCGGUCUUCUCCGCCGGCGGCGAUGCUCGCAAAGUGGACUUCUGCCUCGCCUUCGACAUUCCCCCGGAUCUCAAGGCGGUGCUGGUCGAGCGCCAGGUCCACCUCAACCAGACCGAGUAUACGCCGGUUGAAUUCGACGCCAUCGCCUUCAGCAUCGAGACCAAGUCUUCCACGACCGCCAGUAGCGACGAGGGAUUGAGGCAGCUUUCGAUCUGGGCGCAGGCGCAGGUGAUCCGACUCAGACAGUUGCUCGACGCAUACGGCAGAAAGGAUGGCGGUGUCGUGGAGAUCCCGGUUCUGCCAUUGCUGCUGGUGCAAGGGCACGAGUGGACCUUGGUCUGUUUCAAAGAUGGAGCCGGAAGAGGUCGAGCCGGCGGGACGUUUUACAGCGGUGGAAUCACAUUUGGAAGCACCUCGGGACUGUUGGAGGCGUGCAAGAUUGUCGAGGGGUUGAGGCUGUUGACCAAAUAG